GAUCUUGGCUAAGUGUCCCAUACAGAGCGUCUCAGCACGGUCUCACCUGCAGCUCCUGGAACGAGCACUUUUCCCUGUUGGGCUUUAUACCACGGUUGACGAGUUAGAGAGAAGUUUGGCAUUCUGACCUACAUGUUUAUCUAAGGAUUUUAAAAAGAAGCAGUAGCUUUUCAUGUGGCACGUAAUCACAUAGUGCUUUUCUUGGCAAACAACUCCAGAUAGAAAAGGAGACACAGAGAACAGCCAGAAAUUCCAUGGAAUUGCACUGAAAGAAACUCUUGGGAUGCCGCUAUCUGGAUUCAAGUUUGGAAAGAAGAAAUUGAAAGAGGAAGAGAGGCACCUUCAGGCAAACAACCGGGACUUUAAUCUGGAGUUCGAAUAUGCUAACAAUUCAAUUAAAACCUCGAAAUACAAUUUCUUCACUUUCCUGCCUCUCAACCUGUUUGAGCAGUUUCAGCGAAUAGCCAAUGCCUAUUUUUUGUUCCUGCUGAUUCUGCAGCUCAUUCCUCAGGUUUCCUCCUUGUCUUGGUUUACAACAGUGGUGCCGCUGGUGCUGGUGCUGACCGUGUCGGGAGUCAAGGACGCCAUCGAUGAUUUUAAUCGACACAAAAGUGACAAUCAUGUCAAUAACCGUCCCGUCCAGGUGCUGAUUAAUGGCAGAUUGAAGGACGAUAAAUGGAUGAAUAUCCAAGUGGGAGACAUCAUAAAACUAGAGAACAACAACUUUGUGACGGCAGAUUUACUGCUCCUCUCAAGCAGCGAGCCGCACAGCCUGACGUACAUCGAGACGGCUGAACUGGAUGGGGAAACCAACCUCAAAGUGAAGCAGGCACUGACGGUCACUGCGGAGCUGGGAGAGAACCUUCAGAAACUGACUGAUUUCAACGGUGAAGUCAAAUGUGAGGCACCGAAUAACAAACUGGAUAAGUUCACCGGGACUCUUAUUCUCCGUGGGGAGAAAUUUGCCCUGGACAAUGAGAAGAUGCUGCUGAGGGGCUGCACCAUUAGGAACACAGAAUGGUGCUUUGGGCUUGUUAUUUAUGCUGGGCCAGACACCAAAUUAAUGCAGAACUGUGGGAAAACAGCCUUUAAACGGACCAGCAUUGAUCGGCUAAUGAAUGUCCUCGUGUUAGUGAUAUUUGCGUUUUUAGCUCUGAUGUGUUUCAUCCUGGCCAUUGGGAACGGCAUCUGGGAACACGACAAGGGCUAUUACUUCCAAGUCUACCUGCCCUGGGCAACUGGCGUAAACUCAGCUGCCUACUCUGGGUUCCUCAUGUUCUGGUCUUACGUCAUUAUUCUGAACACCGUGGUACCGAUCUCGCUCUACGUCAGUGUAGAGAUUAUACGCCUGGGCAACAGCUUCUACAUUGACUGGGACCGUAAAAUGUAUUACCCGCUGAACGACACGCCAGCCCAGGCCCGCACCACCACCCUCAACGAAGAGCUGGGACAGAUCAAAUACAUCUUCUCGGACAAAACAGGAACUCUCACUCAGAACAUCAUGGCUUUCAACAAGUGCUCCAUUAAUGGGAAAUCCUAUGGUGACGUGUACGACGUGGCUGGGCAGAGGACUGAGAUCACUGAGCACACAGAGAAGGUCGAUUUCUCGUACAACCAACUGGCCGACCCGAAGUUCGUGUUCUACGACCACAGCCUGGUGGAAGCCGUGAAGCUGGACGAUGCCGCAACACACGGGUUUUUCCGGUUACUCUCGCUGUGUCACACCGUGAUGCCAGAAGAGAAGAAGGAAGGUAACCUGGUGUAUCAGGCCCAGUCUCCAGACGAAGGAGCCCUGGUCACCGCGGCCCGAAACUUUGGCUUUGUGUUUCGUGCGCGGACCCCCGAGACCAUCACUGUGGUGGAAAUGGGAGAAACAAAGGUCUAUGAACUCCUGGCUAUUCUGGACUUCAACAACGUGCGCAAAAGGAUGUCUGUCAUUGUGCGAAGUCCGGAAGGCGACCUGACCUUGUAUUGCAAGGGCGCUGACACCAUUGUCUAUGAACUGCUGGAGUCUUCCUGUGGACCCCUCAAGGAAGAGACCAUGGAACACUUGAAUGAGUUUGCAGGUGAAGGCUUGAGGACACUAGUUGUGGCCUACAAAAACCUGCAGGAAGACUACUUUCAGGAGUGGCAAAAACGUCACCAUGAAGCAAGCACUGCCCUGGAUGGACGGGAGGAGAAGUUAUCUGAGUUAUACGAAGAGAUUGAAAAAGACUUAAUGCUGCUCGGUGCCACGGCUAUUGAGGACAAGUUACAAGAUGGAGUCCCCCAGACGAUUGAAACCCUGACCAAAGCCCACAUUAAAAUCUGGGUUCUUACUGGAGACAAGCAAGAGACUGCCGUGAAUAUUGGCUACUCCUGUAACCUGCUGCAUGAUGACAUGAAGGACGUUUUCAUUAUUGAAGGCAACACCUCUGAGGAAGUGUUAGAUGAACUCAGGACUGCAAGGAAGAAAAUGAAUCCGGAUUCCUUCCUGGACAGUGAUGAAAUUAUCAAGUUUGAAAACCCUUCCACGAAGUCAAGGAUCUUACCUGAAGAGCAAGCGAACGGGGUGUAUGGCCUGGUUAUUAACGGCCAUAGCUUGGCUUACGCACUAGAGGGGAACUUGGAGCUUGAGCUGGUGAGAACAGCCUGCAUGUGCAAAGUGGUGAUCUGCUGCCGGGUGACCCCCCUGCAGAAGGCCCAGGUGGUGGAGCUGGUGAAGAAGUACAAGAAGGCCGUGACCCUGGCGAUCGGUGAUGGGGCAAACGAUGUCAGCAUGAUCAAAACUGCCCACAUUGGGGUCGGGAUCAGUGGCCAGGAGGGGAUGCAGGCUGUGCUGUCCAGCGACUUUUCCUUCGCACAGUUCCGUUACCUGCAGCGCCUGCUCUUAGUCCACGGACGAUGGUCCUACAUCCGCAUGUGCAAGUUCCUCAGAUACUUCUUCUAUAAGAACUUUGCCUUCACAUUAGUUCAUUUCUGGUAUGGAUUCUUCUCCGGCUUCUCUGCACAGACUGUGUAUGAUCAGUGGUUCAUCACCCUCUACAAUUUGGUGUAUACCUCCCUCCCGGUGCUAGGAAUGAGCCUCUUUGACCAGGACGUGGAUGACCGCUGGAGCAUGCAGUUCCCUCACCUCUAUGAACCCGGGCAGCAGAAUCGCUACUUCAACAAGAUCGAAUUUGUCAAGUGCGUGCUGCACGGGACCUACAGCUCCCUCAUUCUCUUCUUCAUCCCCUAUGGGGCCAUGUACGACACCGUGAGAAGCGAUGGGAAAGCCAUUGCUGACUACCAGUCCUUCGCACUGAUGGCCCAGACCUGCCUGCUGAUCGUGGUCUCUGUGCAAAUCGGGCUGGACACUGCCUACUGGACAGCUGUGAACCAGUUCUUCAUCUGGGGCAGCCUUUCCCUUUACUUUGCCAUCAUCUUCACCAUGUACAGUGACGGCAUGUACCUGAUCUUCACAGCCUCCUUCCCUUUCAUUGGGACAGCUCGAAACACCCUCAGUCAACCCAAUGUGUGGCUGGCGAUCUUCCUCAGCAUCAUCCUGUGUGUGCUGCCGGUGGUCGGCGGUCGGUUUCUGAAGGCUCAGCUAAUACCGACCGUCAGUGACAAAGUCCUACGCAAGAUCAGAGCGGCCAAGAAGCGGCCGCCACCUCCCUUGCCCAAGACACGCUUGCGCCGUACCAGCACCCGUCGCUCCGGCUACGCCUUCUCCCAUCAGCACGGCUUCGGCGCGCUCAUUAUGUCUGGGAGAAACAUGCGGCCUAAACUGCCUUUCACCACAACAGGGACGUUUUCACCCAAUAGUGAGAAAAACAGACACAAGUGAAUGCAAGAACCAGGGCAGCCAGAAAGGAAACUGUGCUCUGCACUGUCCCAGCCCGCACCCGCCCAGGACUGCCCUGUCAGCUACUCCAAGGAGGACUCAGGCCUUCUCUUUCCACCCAGGCGCUCGCUGUAACUCCAGCUCCUGCUCCAAAGGGCACACGCUGCUCCCAGGGAGGAAAGAACAGGAUGAGUCCAAGUUCUUAAAUGUGUGGAGUUGAGAGGGGCAAGCGCAGAGCAGACCAACCCCCCCCCCCCCCAUCCCUCCGUGGUCUGAGAGAGAGAACGUGCAGGGGAACGCCCGCUCUAUGCACCAAGAUCAUCCGUGAUGCCACUGCUUCAUCCCCUCAACCCUGCACCUCCGAGCACCGUGGCGUCAGGGCGGAGGGAGGGCAGAGCUGUAUACGCUCAUCCCAUCCACAAGGCUUGUUUCUGCCAUGAAGCAUUCAGAGCUGUAUUCAUCCCGGGGACAACUCCACUGACCCCAAGGGUGACAGGCCCAGUGCCUCGAACCCCAGCUCCCGAAUCUUUGCAAUCUAAGUCAUUGUGCGGCCGUUUGUCCAUAAUGUACAUGGGUGUUUGGAGAGUGUGAGGUGGGAAAUGACCUGCCGAGCUGGGGGGUGACCCUGUCCAAGCCUACGGCCAGUGCCCCAAGUGCAGCCCCUGCCUUUGGGAGGUGCUGUAAGUCAGGGGUCAGCUCUCCAGGCAACACCCGGGGAAAGGGGCCUGCAAUCGCACAGCCCUGCCCUGGAGCUGCGCUGCAGAGCCAGCCUGCUGGGAAAUGUCACGGUUCUCAGGUUUUGCAGCCAGGCACCAGCAGUUUCUCCUAGACUUAAAACAGAGAAGCACCAAAACACUCAGUUCCUGAACUCCACAAAUGCUAGAGCUGCUCAGUUAAAGUGAAGCUGGGAAAUCCCUCCCUGCGGGUCCCUCGGGUCAUGGCUCAGUCUCACAAGGGAACCUCCAUCAGCAGGUGCCUUUCCAACCAGACCCAGCCAAAUUCUGCUGUCCAGCACAAACGCCCAGCUCCCAUGGACUUCAGUGGAACUGAAUGAGAGCCUCUGAUGGCAGAAACGGAAUGCAGUGCACUGGGGCGAAUCAAACUGAGCGGGGCCGUCACUGCUCGCCGCCUCUCUCUGGCUUGUGGCUCACCUCAGCACGCCGAUUCGGAUAAUGGCUCACGACGUUGGCCUCCCCAGGGUGCCGAAGGGGAGAGUUUAGAUUGUUAAACUGACAUCCCAGAAGGCUCAGCCUGCCAGGCUGGCGCUAGCAUGGGAUGCUGGGGGCUGCAGUGCUGAGAAGGAAAGAGGCCAACUGCAAAGGAACCAGGGAAGCUCUGGACCCCAGACACAACUCUGAGACGGUUUGCACACAACACACCCUACUUGGCCAUGGGCCGAAGCGGGACUUACAAAUGCUGCAUAAGACACGCAGGGGAUGAUCCACUUAGUGAACUUGCUCCGACUGCAAAUACUUCAGCAGUUUGACAAGACCAAUGUAUGUUUUCAAUGUCUUGAAAUUGGCCCUGGUGUUCCACAAGCAUCUCUCCUUGGUUUGUAAAAUACUUUUUAAAUAUAAAUAGUGGCCAAUGG